AUGCCGCUCCCGAUCCCUUGCACCCGCCAUCCCCUACCUCCCGCCCCUGCACCCCGCGGGUCCCGCGCGCGCCCGGUCGUGAAUCAGCCGCCGCGCCUCCUGCGGAACCCGCCUCCACCCGCGAAUCCAGCGCCGCGCCUGAGGAACAACCGCGGAGAAACCCCCGUGCGUCGUGCCCUCGCGAACCCCACCCCAGCCGCAAACGCCACAGACACCUGUACGCACGCGCGCGAUUCGCCCCAAUCUACAACAAGAAGGGCGGCGGGCUGGAGAAGGCGCCGGCGGCGACCACAAGCCUCUGUUCGCCACGGUGGCGGUGAGCUCCCCGCCGGAGCAGAAGCCGUUCGUGGCGGCGGGCGGGCUACCCCCGGCGUUCCCGGAGCUGGCGGCGUACUACGACCGGCCGUCGGACUCGAUGCCGCGGCUGCACGCGGACUACUCCAGCUGCUCGGAGCAGGUGCUGUCCCCGAAGCAGCUGGCGUGCGGCCGGGAGGUGCAGAGCCAGCCCAAGAUCAGCAAAUGGGAGCGGACCUUCGCCUCCGAUCCCGUGAACCCCGCGGGCUCCAUGCUCGACCCCGUCAGCGGCCACGCCGGCGGCGACCCGCUGCUGCAGGACAUCCUCAUGUACUGGGGCAAGCCGUUAUAGACGACGCCGCCCAUCAUGUCCUUAGGGGAGGUGAGGAUGGCGAAGCAUGGAUGCAAACACCCAUCCUCGGCUGCGGUUGGCUGGUUGGUUGGUCUGUCUUGGGCAGCGCAAUGCAAUGCAACCGAAGAAGCUCGCUGUCCCUGAAGAAGCUUGCCAUCGGGGCUUCGGUUUCCUUGGCCCAGGGGCGGAAGCCAGGUUGGGCUCGCUGGGACCGCAGCGCUGGCGGGCGGACUCUUGUAACGGGGAGGCGCAGGGCGAGGCGGACGGGGUCGUCUGGGUCGCGGGGGCAGCUGGGCCUAGACGGCUUUGCAAGUUGAUACAUUGUAGUUUGCAGUUGCUUAAACAGAGUAGAGCAGUACUAAAUCUUUAAUUUUCUCCCCUUUAUGUACAACCUUGCAUACAAUAUUUCUGGGAGCAAGAUGAGUCUGAUAUCAUCAGUCGCCAAACAAGGAUCAGUCUCCACUUUCAAGGCAGAAAGAAACAGAUGUUGCGAUAUGCUUUCACAUACCAUUGGCGCCUAUGGUCGAUUCCGGAGAUCAAGGACUGCUUGGAGGAGGCUGGAUUCAAGUGGGUCCACGUUUGGAUGAGGGAGAUGCCAAAUACCCAGUCAGGUGGAAACGCCAAGGAAUAUAACGCCAACCGGGACGUGAAGUAUGAAGAAUCACACCAUUUCAACCAAGGAGAUGCUUGGAACGCCUAUGUCGUUGGAGUAGCAAAUAUCUAGCCGGUAUGUGCUGAAUUCUGCUACGAAAAUGUGGUGGUGGCUCUUAGUUUCCCAGACCAAUUAAUGUUUUGUGGACGCUUCCGCUUUGCUCACGACUUCUGCAUCGCAUUGCUGCGGACUAAGUAUGCAGGGUGGCUAUUACCGGACCCAGAUAACUUUUACUCCAGAACACGGCCUCACUGAUGUUUCUGUUUUCAAAAUGAAAUGCUGGCAACGUGCCAUGCCUUUGAAUGUAUUUCCUACGUAUACAGUGUAUAGGAUAUGAUGGGUGCUUCGACGGAUACCGAUACUACCUUUCAUGAUUUUUGAUUUCUUACCAUGUACGCCCCUGCACCCGUUCUCUGCCCCCUGAUUUAUGUGUUCGAAUCUGAUUUUUGAUUUCUUAUCAUGUAAAUACACUUAUUGACCACUGGAGCUACAUGUUUGAAGAAUUUUAUUGCUCAAUCAAUUACUUUUCUUGACUAUGAAUCAUUUUAGUUUAUGAGAUGUCUUAAUGUUGCAGUUGAUCCAUUUUUUUUGCUUGCAGGUAUGUGUAGUGAUGAAAGGUUGUACAGGAACGUGGAAGAUUGCUUGCAGAUCUAGAAGAAGAUGAACAACCUAAAAAGAAGGUUAGAUUAGGGAGCCCAACGCUCAAUGGAUUUCAAUUUAUAAUGCUAGGCGGCCCAUGAAGCGGAGGUAAUUACAAUACAUGAAUCCUGCAAUCGAAUAAACAAUCUGUAACAAGUUAGCUAUGAAUUUUUGUUUCUUAUGGCUUCGUAAACUGCAGGGAUUGUACUGCCUACUUUUGAGCAGUUCUGUUGUGAAAUCUAAGCAAUUUUUUGUUGGCGAGCUGUGAUUUCAUUCAAACAUUAUGGUCAUUGUACCAAUGACAUGAUUUUUAGACCCAUUACGUACGAAGACUCUCACAAGCAGCCUCCUUUGAGCUCGCAGUUCAUAUGGGCGCAACAGCGGUUGGUGCAGUGGUGCCUGUGUGAGUGGUGGCUGUUGGGGCCACCAGUGCAAGGUAAGGCCUCACUAUUUUGGGGUGGGAUCUAGAUUCUAGACCUGGAAGUACUGAUGAUCAAUGCUUGCCCUCCCUGUGCAACUCCGUCCAGGAGGAACGGGUACAUCCGAAUAGACUACUAUGACGUUUAGAUAUGAUUAUUGAUUAGCAUAAUUAAAAAUAGCAUGUUAAAUGCAUCUUCAGGGUCAAAGGAAAAUACAAAUUACGACCAGCAAUAUUAGAAACCAACAUCAUCUUUUGUGUUGUGAGUUUAAAUUCUUGCUUUGAUGGUUUUCAUUUUCUGAACACUAAAUCCAAGUCGGCGGUUUCUGUUCUUAUCAAGGUAACACAUGGAAUCCUCUGUACCGGCUGCAUUUGUAAAUCAAAGCUAGGACAAAAGCGAAAAAGCUGGCUGGGCACUAACCAAACAAGCCUUUUUUAUUUUAGGUAUCACCAUUGGAUUUGUGUCGUUCUGAUUGUAGAAAUAACAUGGCUUUAGGAUUGGAAUAUUUACCCUGUAUUAUCAUUUAUGAAACAUAGUCUUAUGAUUGUUGCUAUUUUUGGUUCAUCGAACACACUUUACCACACCUGACCUGAGUUGGUCAAGUCUGGCUUUCCA